GUCAGUACUGCGACGACAGCUGUUCCGCGUUUACGCGAGUAUAAGUGCGUCGAUCCGCAUUGUUUAUCCCGCGUUCACGCUUUUUUUCCAUUGCGUCAAAACGACCGCGAGGUUAUUAACUUUGAAUAUCCUUCUCCCUGCUAAAAAAGUAAAAGGGCGUGCUUAUUCCGCAGGUGAUUAUUAUGUUUUCAUAAAUGCAAGCUGAGUUCCAGAUAGACGAGAGAAUUUAAAAGAUGCUAAGCAAAAAAAUCGACAUCGAUAAGCCAAGAUGGGAACAAAGUACUUACGUCGGUAGAGCGAGACAUUUUCUCACAGUUACGAACCCUUUAAAUGUAUUUGCAUCAAAUUCAGAACUUGAAAGAGCAAAGGAAAUCGUAACUAAAUACAGAAAAGGCGCUUCUUUGGAUCAAUUGGGUAUAACUGAGGAUGAGUUAUGGAAGAACAAAUAUUUAUACGACAGUGCAUUCCAUCCAGACACCGGCGAAAAAAUGUUACUAGUUGGGCGUAUGAGUGCCCAAGUACCUAUGAAUAUGAUGAUUACUGGGUGUAUGAUGACCUUCUAUCAGUCAACGCUAGCGGUGAUAUUCUGGCAAUGGUGCAAUCAGUCAUUCAACGCCGUUGUCAACUACACAAAUCGUAGUGGUUCUAGUCCAAUUCCUGUAGAAACCCUUGGUAUAAGUUACUUAGGUGCAACGACUGGCGCAGUUGCAACAGCACUGACACUCAACAAACUCGCCAAACGCGGACCAGCACUGGCUGGUAGACUCGUACCACUUGCAGCUGUUGCCGCUGCCAAUUGCGUCAAUAUUCCAUUGAUGCGCUUCACCGAAAUCAAGGACGGCAUCGAGCUACAGAACGAAAGGGGCGAUAAACUUGGCAACAGUAGAAAGGCUGCGAGAGAAGCUAUUGCUUCGGUCACGAUAUCGAGGAUACUUAUGGCUUCGCCUAGCAUGAUUCUCGCACCUGUGAUAAUGAACGCACUUGAGAAGCGAAAUCUUUUGGCAAAAGCUAAAUGGGCUGCAAGUCCUAUUCAAGUAGCCAUAUGUGGUGUAUGUUUGACCUUCGCAACGCCCUUAUGUUGCGCUUUAUUCGCACAACGUGUUGCUGUGCCAGUCGAUCGUCUCGAAGAAGACGUUCAACAAGUAGUUCGAGCUAAACAUCCAAGCGCCAAUAUUGUCUAUUACAAUAAAGGCCUGUAACGUACUUUUUAACU